CCUCCACGUCGGGGAAUAAUUGUUAAAUAAAUUAUAUAUGUUCGUGGUAUUCAUGUUCGGUGUUAUAUCAGAGCCUGAAACCUAUGCGCAUGCAUGUUUUUCCAUAGGAAAUGGAGAAUGUUGUGAAGAGCUUAGAACAAGAGAAGGAAAGUUACGUGAUACAGUUUGAAGAAACCCGCAACAAAAUUGGUUAGAAACUUCUUCACUUUUUUAACCAUUCUUAUAUAUUUCGCUAAUCGUGCAAUUUUAAUGAUGAAUCGCGUUUAUCUAAACAAUAAAACCAGACACUGUCCUUGGAUUACCUAAUUACAUCAUUAUAUCAUCCUAAGGCACAGCCACUGAAAGUUACAGUACUACAGUAGAAAUUAACAGGUUGGCGUAAGCUUGCACAGAAAACCUUAGUGCAUGUAAAGUUAUAGUAAUGAACGAAAAUAUUGGUGUGUUUAUGUUAAGCACUAUACCAUGUGGAAAUUAUGUAUUUGGUGGCAAAUGAAUAACAUUUCGGGCACUGCAUGGUCCAAAAUGCAGUCUAACGGUCUGGACUAAAAUGCAGUCUAACGUACGGUACGAGGGAAGUUUUUCAAUCUUUGUUCUUGUUAAGAGAAUAUUUUAGUAUUGUGAGCUUCCUAAGUUCUGUUUUUAUUGCUGUAAUAUUAUAUUUACUGAAGACUUUAUUUAGUGAUUGAAUCAAUUUCGUUUGGUUUAUUAGUGGUACUAGAGGGAAAAUACAGAGAGUUGCAAAAUAGUCCUAUGGCUGAACCAGCAAAAGUGAGUAAUUACGUAUACUGCAAAUGAUGUCUUUGUAUUAAUGGGCCGGGACACAAAAUUAAUUAAGUGGAGCUUAUGAAUUUAAGUGGAGUUAUAUAUAUAAUAUUACCAUCCAUGCUUUCGCCAAUCAUGCAGUAAGUUUGAAUUAAGUGAAUGCAAAGAAAUUACAUUCAUGAAUCAACUACCGUUGCUUGGACGCGCCAUUUUAAUUCUCUCUAAUGUUAAAGACGCUUCCUGUAAAAGCGAAGACGAGUAGGACGAACUCAUGCAGUAGAAAACAUAGUGCUGUAGGUAAAUUGACAUCAAUCGAAAUUGUUUAGUUCAUAAUUCGACGUUUCAUUCCUCGUACGGUUUCUAACUGUUCAUCCAUUAUUUAUUUAUUAUUCAUUCCAUUACACAUAAAGCAGGCCCCCUUAAUAAUCUCCUUGUGUCGGAUGCAAAGUAUUGUAUGUACAUUUAGCUGAUAUAUUGGAUGCACCUCAUGCAGCAAAAUUCACAGUAUGUUUUUGCUUUCCAACAGGAGGAGAGUUUGAGACGAUGUAAAGGUGACAUGGAAAAAAUGUGGGCUGCCAUAAAGCAGCACGCAGAAGAACUCCUUUCUCGUCGAAACGUAAGUAUCCAUAUAUACUUAGGGAAUUUUCAGGUUGGUCAUUCGAGAUUUCGCAGACAAAGGAAAAGAGAAAAAUAACAGAAAUUAAAGUAAUAUAUGUCCUUUAUAUUUUACAAAUUAUUUAAUUCUGUCAUUGCAUAAAUACCAUUUAAGUGGGCUUUCGUGGGAUACAACUUUAUACUGUUCGUAUAUACAGUAUGUUCUUUUGUGUUGUGUAAUAAUGCAUGUCGUCUGUAUAAUUUGAUUGUACAGUUUUACUGCAGAUGUAUACAGUAUAUAAAGUUUUAGUACAUUGGCUAUUGUACCAGUGUACCAUUUUUGGCAUCCAUUUGCAACUCUUAAGCUUAAUAUUUGAUGUAAUCGGUCACUGAAACGCCCCGUUGGGGAGUGAGCUGAAUAAUAUAUGUAAUAUGUAACUCUUAUUGCAUAUACUUACAUCUGACUGUAAUGUCUUAUUGACGUUUUAUUCUAUAGGAGGCAAUUGAGAAAUUAAAGAUGCAACUUGAACAUUUUCAAGAAUAUCAGAAGAGUGUUCUCAAUGAGAUUGGUGGCUGGAAAUUCCAACAGAAAUUAGCCCAUUGUGGAUAUCCAGAACCAGGGCCACUGGAUGAUGUUAAGAAACAGUAUGUAUACUUGAUGCUUGUGAUGUUACUCUGAGUGUAUAUCCACACCAUAGAUAUCUUAUAUAAACUAGAUAGCGCAUCUCUUUUAGUAAAAUUGAAGCCAAGAAUAUCCCAGCGGAUACCCCCAUUUGUAUAGAUGGCGGCCAUGUUGGAGUUUCCCACUCGCUAAUAAACGCUUAUAAAACAACAAUAACUUUCAUUAUUUGAAUAGUUUGAAAAUGUUUAGGAAUAGGAAUUGGUUUAACUUAAUGUUUAAGUUCCCUGUUUAAGAAAUAGAAAACAUACGAGUCUUCUCAUUUCAUGGGAAUAUCCUGAGUCUGCAAUCACGGCUUCAAUUUUUGAAUUGCAGAAUAAUUAGAUGCACUAUCUAUGUAGCGUAUAUAAGAUAUCUAUGAUCCACACCGGGCAAGCUUGAAAAAUAUGCCUGGCCACAGUGGGAAUCGAACCUACGACCUUUGGAAUGCUAGCCCAGUAUGUACAGUAUACUUGUUAUGUAACAGCAUAUAUACUUGUUUUGUAAUUGACAAUCGCAUAUUGUAGCUAGCAGUGCCUGGGUGCAUGAUUUUACUGUACAUAAACAUCCAACUAUUUCAAAUAAUUACAUGUGCCCCUUCAGGGGCGGAGGGUUUGCGAAAGGGGGUUGUGCUGACCGUAACAUUUCAGAAAAUUUAGAUUUCAAUGAAAUGUGGUAUAGAUAGCACAGCAAAUCGCUUAAAACGAUGCGUGAAUGAGCUGUCAAUUAAAAUACAGUAGGGAUUCCUUAUAAUUUUUAAACUACAUCAUAUAUCUGUUCUCUAAUAUAAAUUUUUCAGCCCAAUAAUUUGCAGAAACAUCAAACCCAUGCUAAUAUGCCCAUAGCAAUUCGUUCACUUAAUACAUAACUUAUUCUUAUGUUUUGCAAUUUUGGGGCUUAUAUACGCCCAGAACGGCACUUCCCGCCAUUGGCUCAGGGGUUGAGUUGCUUCAAUGGUUAUCUUUGUUUAACAAAAUUGUUCUCCGAGUCUGAGAUUGAAUCCAAUCUAAUAUUUUAAUAGUUGUGAAUCUUUGGCGGAACUGGAAUGGCGUGGCUACACACAUACAACUCAGGUACCAAUUCUACAUUCUCGUCCUGCUAGAGACCUUACAAUAUAUAGGAGGGUAAUGUAACAACGACGGCUAGAUUAAUACAAUUAAAUUCGCAAUAUUUAAGAAACGAAAUGCGAAUAAUGAAAAUCUUACGAGAGAUUUAGACCUCGUCCUGGCGCCUCGCUCCAAUGGUAAACGACAGAUUUUUACAUCUUGUGUACAACGCCUCAUCUCAAAUGCGAGAAGUACCCAUCAAAUUGGUUCAGUACUGGAGUAGAAAUCGUCUAACGUCCUCAGACGAUAUUAAAUUCUUACGGUACAUACGACAAGUUUUCUUUCGUCUUCGUCGCUUUGCCGUCCUGUGGACGCUAAAACAAUAAUGCAGGUCAACGUGAAAUACAGUAAAUCACUUUAAAUUCUUCUUACAAUCCUGGGUCUAGUAAUUUGAAGACUAAACAAAGGAGCAUUUGACUACACCAACUGUGUGACUGUCUCGGAACCCUCGAAUGCGGAACCCUUGAACUACAGAUGCAAGUGCCAUUCAGUGGGAGCGAGGGGGCCAAUUCACUAAUUCAUUUUACCGAAACGCAGCAAGCAUGUACAUUAACUAACGUGAAAUGGCAUGCCAAGUAAUAAAUAUACUGCGUUUUUGUCAGUUUGAAAUAAAGAGAAACAUGCUUAGUAGAGAAAAAGGGAGUGAAUACUGUACAUUACUAUUUUCUUCCCUGAAAAGGAGGAGCGGGACUUAUACGAGAGUGAGAAGUUACGGCGUAUUGUUAAUUUUCACAUGAAAUUACUAUUAAUAUCGUCAAUACUGACAGAAGGCGUUCUUUUACAUACGUGUUUCUUUACCUCUAUAAAGAGCAAAUUAUUUUUUCUUUUAACAGGUGGAAAAUCUUUUCCUUCAAGUUUUACAGAAUAAUCCAAUGGAAUUAAAUAGAAUGACAGAACUGAAAAACGCUUACAAGAACCUUUUAACUCAACUAAUUGAAGGGUAAUUGUGAUCCUGAUAUCAAGAAUUGUUUAAAAUAAACCUAUAAUCCCACUGGUAUUUGCUUUAUUGUUGGUGGAGGGGGAGGGCGUGUUUCAAUGAAGACACGCAGAAAAAGCAAUUUUCCCCAUAUCGAAUUUGUCCCAAAUCUCUCAAGUUGACCCAAUCAACACUGGUACUUCCAGCAAUAUGUUUUUUUAAAAUUUCCCAUAUUUAUUGUUUCCACGAGUAUACCUUAAAUUUAAAUGUUUUUCGCUUUCAGUGCUUUUGUUAUCGAAAAGCAACCACCCCAAGUGUUGAAAACUCAAACAAAGUUCACAUCAACUGUCAGGUUUGUGCUUCAUAUUAUAAACUUCUCAGACCCUUUGAUUUUCAGUGUUUUUCAUUAACUUCAUGAUAAUAUCCAAGGAUAGUACAAGAACUGCUCUGCCGGUGAACACCUUACAGUACGUGGGGUAAAACCUAGUAACAGUGAUGGAUAAGUGGGGCCAGUUGUAUAAAAAGGCUUACAGUACCUAGAUUCUUACUGGUUGACUAUAUUUAACUUUAACUACUGUACCUUUCUAUACAACUGGUCCCAGGUAAUUAGAUACAUGAGAAUAAUAAUACACUUGCGCGCAUUGUGUAAUAGUUAUCAUUUUUAGACCCUCCGCUCGGGGGAGUCGGCGAAAUAUUACCCGAACUGAUGAUAUUUAUCACUGAGGGUAAUAUUUCGCCGAAUCGCCCGAGCGGAGGAUCUAUAAAUGAUAUAUUAUACCGAAAAUUAAAAGCCUCCAAGUUGAGAAUGUAUUAAAAAUUUGCCACAUACCUUCGUGAAUACGAUGUUUUAUUUUUGGAUUAACGCAAGUAUCGUCUCUUUUCUUUCGAAUCACAUAUCGUUUCGAAUAUUCAUGAGAAUAAUUUUGAAAACGCGAACAUGUCACCCGGGUGAGAUGAUCAUUGAUCAAAUCGCCAUGUGAUAUGAUUCAUGUCACCCGCUUACACACGUAAAAACGCACAAGUUGUUACAAGUCUGCAAACAAGUUGUUACAAGUCUGUUCACAAGCUGUCGACAAGUUGUCUUCGCACUGCUUGUUCCCAGUUGUUGUAACAAGUUUGGGACAAGCUGUUAACAACUUGUAACAAGCUUGAUGGCAUUGUCAGACUUGUUACCCUUAAGGUUGUUAUAACAAGUCUGACACAGUCAUGAUGUAACAAGAAUGUUACAAGCUUGACGACACAAGGUUAUAACAAUAUUAUAUCAUGACUGUAUCGGACUUGUUGGAACAACCUUGCAACAAGUCUGAUAAUGUCAUCAUUCUUAAUUGUUACAAGUUAACAGCUUGUUCCAAGCUUGUUGACAACUUGGGACAAGCAGUGUGAACACAUCUUGUUGACGGCUUGUUAGCAGACCUGCCACAAGAUGUGAGAUUUUUACGUGUGUACAUCAAAUACGAUGACGUAAGUCGCAAUUCGAUGAUAAAUUUCAUGCUCACGUGCCACAAACUUAGCUUUCUGAUUGGACACUUUGAAUUUGAGGUAUAAUAUACACUAUUUAACGCUCUUUGUAGUGUUAGACCAACGAGAAAGUUAGCUUAAAAUUUGGCUAUUUAAAACAUAUUCUCUCAUAAAUGUUGGGCAAUUAUAAUACAAUAGAGGCACAACUAAUAAAAUACCUUUUUUAGACAUCUCAUUGGCAGCAAACUGAAUAUGCAGAUGAGUAAACCCGAAGUGACAGCUACCAUCAUUACGUAAGUUUUACUUAUCUUAAGAUCGGUUUCGACAGUUAUGCCAUUGGAUAUGUUUUACUUAAUUACUUAUUACAUUCCGAACUUAAUGAGCUUAAUUUAGUUUAUUUCUCUUAAUCCAGGGAAAAACAAGCGGAAGAAUUACACAAAACGGGGACGUGGUAUGUAUACCAAGUUUGAUAAUAAAAUUUAGUAAAGUUAAAAUAACAAGGCCAAUGUGGGGGAGGGCAAAACAAAAAACACGUUCACGCGUGCAAAACAGGGGGAUAUCAUUAACGACUGUACAAUGGCAAAUACUGUAUAUUGGGAUGCUAGUUUUACGAUUCCUUUUUCACUUAAGUCGCUUACAGUAUAUACUUUCACUUAUCGUUGCAACAAAUGUGCUCUGGGGACUGGAGUUCGUUACUCCCUCUGCUGAGCAGCGGUUUGUUUCAAGUUGCCCCCAGAUAUGCCAUGCAUGAGCUCAUUUUAUGAUCAACUUGGACACGUCCGGUUUGACUAAUUCGCCAUCAAACAUCCGUUCUUAUGGCAUACAUUAGGUACACAACUUUAGGUUACAUUGUUCUCAAUCAUACGAUUUUCAAAUUUAAUCUUGUAAAUAAUCGACUUCUUUUAAAAUAGGAAAUCCCAAGGGCUGGAUGAAAUUCUGAACAACAAGAAGGUAUUAAUUUUAACUGUCGUGCAGCCGUGCGCUAUGUGAAAGAUCAAUAUAUCAACUAACUUCCCCGCCUUUUCUUCUAGGUGAUGGAAUACAUACAAGAAAAAGAUUCUGUCGUAGCUGAAUUCAAAAAUAUGGUAAGUAAAACCAAUGAAUGGAUAAACAACAAAAUAUUUUCCUCCGAUAUAAUUAUACAUAGUUAAAGUGGUCCAAAAACUAUAGCGAUAAGAAUCAACACCACGGUCAAGCGUCCGCGUAUUGACUGUUUACAGUAUACAGUACGCGAAGACUGGAAAUAUUAUUGUUGAAGCUGUAGCAAACAGAGCAAAGAAAAUUACCAUAUUGUAAACUCAGCAUAACAUCUUCAUGAUUUUUUCUGUGUGGUGUAAUGUACUCAGGUGAAUAUGAUGUUUGUGAUGUUACUCUGAGUGUAUAUCCACACCGGGCAAGCUUGACUGAAUAUGCCUGUCCACGGUGGGAAUCGAACCUUUACGACCUUUGGAAUACUAGCCCAAUGCUCUGCCAACUGAGGUACGCGGUCAGGUCGGUUCGAGACUAUACCUGUAUAGCCGUUUCCUUUUCCCCGCCUUUUCUCCAUUUUGCCAGACAUUAAUUUCCUCGCCAUUUUCGUAUAACUUUGUUUUCGUAUAUAUCAUGCGUCUGGUAUGAUCACAGAUGUAUCGUAAUCAUGACCGCAGUCUUGUUCCAGUCAUCACAUGUACACUGUAUAAAAGCCUUUUUUUCGAUAAUUAUAUAAUCGGUACUUUGGGUGAGUUGUGAGCAAUGGGAGCUGGUUCUUUCAAAGUGAACUUGUUUUACUUUUUUUGAAUAUUUUAUUUUUUCAUUGGUUUAGUCUCUGAAAAAGGUGAAUCGCCAAGGCAAAAAAAACACUGAGGUAGGUGUGAAUUUACAUGAUUAUAAAAACCCUAUAUAAACGGAAUUUGUAGGUUUCUGUCGUCCGAUCUAGACUCUUGUUUCCAUUUAUUUAGGGAUUGAUCUUCUCGUGCAUGUACCCCCAUCCAAUCUUUCUUACACAGUUUUGUCAAUUCCAUCAAUAUAGUAUAUGGAUAUAUUUCCUCUAUACAACUUCCUUUACGCUGUCUUGUAGCUAAUUUUCCAAUCGCCCAUUCCAUUCAAAUGCACAAACCAUCGUAAUCCUGCUUCUUCCCGUUGAGAAUGUUGACUACUCAUUCCUUUUAUUUCAUUCCCAUCUAGUCACCUUUUUUCUUCUAUUCCCUGUGCUACAAUCCAUAUAUCCGUACAUAGUUUGGUAUAUUUCAUUCUCCUUUAAUUUCUUCCGUGCCAUUGCCACUUUUCCUCGUGACUUCUUUUGUUCCACUACUUUCUGACGACAGUCCUCCUAAGUUGACAAUAGUUUUUGUUGUUAGAUUGUCUAGGCGUUGUUUUAAGUAAAAUGAUCACUUUUUGGGGCGAAUGUUUCUUUAUGAAUACCGAAAUUAUGGCGUUAUUUUCACCCACGUCAUUCAAGAACGUGACAUACAGUGAAAUACAUUUAGCUUUUGUGUUUAGACAAACAUGAAAUUGUUUUAAAUAUUAUGGCAAUUAGUAGCGCAAUGUAAUAUUAAUUCUUUUAAUAAACUUCACAGCGUGUAAUGGACGAGAAGUCUACUUUGGUUUUCCAAGCUCAAUUGCACAUUGGUGGAGAAAAAUUUUCCGUUAUGGUAUGUCUUUCGUAUUUUGAUUACAACAGCCUUUAAAACAUGAGUCUUGGCCUGGCAGCCAUGCUUCUGUGUCAAGCAUCAUCAUUAUUGCUAUUUUAAAUGUAUUUUAAACCGUUAUGUUAGAAUAUUCUUAUUUUAUGUAGCAACUGUCGUUACCAGUCUCUGUCAUUGUACACGGUAAUCAACAACCGGAAGCAGAAGGAACAAUAUUCUGGGAUAAUGCAUUCUCGGUUAUUGUAAGUUUUACUGUCGUCAUUUUCAGCCGAACCAACCAUAAAUCGUAAUCAUCGCAGUAAAGAUCGCCUGAAAUCCAUUUCCAGUUUUAAAAAUAUGAAACGAAAAAUCCAGGCAUGAACAAUUUGGAUAAAUGCUUGCAGUGCGGUGUUUUGUCACAUUAGCAUUUUGUUUACUCUGCCCUUCCUUUUGAACGAAUUGUGUGAAGUAAAAUAAAUUGAAUGAAGUGCAGAGAAAUAACCAAUUUAUUUAUAGUCAAUUUAUUUAUAGUCCAGUACCAAGAUGGUGUCCCCUAUUUAUGUAACUGCAAAUUAAUUCUCUGUGUGAACUUCGCUUGUAUAUGUGAACUUCAGAUAUGAUGAUUAGAUAAUUAUACAGGACCCAUAAAAACUCUCAUUACGGCUGGCAAAGAACAUUUCUUUAAGUAUUCAACGCAAAGAUCCCUCUUAAAUUACUACUGCUGAUAACAACGUACUGUGUCCAUCAAUUUUCAGGAGCGUGUUCCAUUUGAAGUUUCUGAAGUAGUCACCUGGGCACAGUUUACAUUGGCAUUAAAUAUGCGAUGGGCGUUGGCGAACGGACAUCCUUUGAACGAUAGUCACCUGGAUUAUCUUGCUUCCAAGUUGUAUGGUGGUGAGAUUUGUUAUAUUUUUCAGAAACACCGUGAAGUGAAAAAUGUUAGCCAAAUCCUGGGAGUCCUCCUGAAUUUUCAAAAGCCAGCCAAUAAAAUUAGUCUUCCAAAACGCAGGAACUGUCAUUUCAGCGAAUUUAGAUUUCCAAAAUUUUAGUCCAGAUCCCGUACAUCUUUCUUGCUCCAUGCGUCUGGGCGCUCCGCGCUCCAAAAUGAAAUUUGUCUCCAGCCUUAUUUACAUAUUUUUACAUUUUCUCAAAGAUGAUUAAUUUUUUUGCAGAAAAACCUUUGAUGGAAGGUUACAGCAAUCAUCAACUGAAGAAGGAACAUUUUAAUAAGGUAAUUUCAAACAGGUUUUCCAUAACGAAAGAACAUGUCAAUCUGAAUUAAUGCCAUAAGAGAACUAGAUUGCAUGGAACAUUGGGCGGCCACAAUUUAUAGAAUAAAUUUUCUAUUAAUUUGUCACCGUUGUGUUUAGUAUUGGUUUCAUUAAUCUGUCAUGUUUCCACCAAUUCAAAAACCUUUUUGAUAGAUUUUGAACCCGUUUAGUACAAGAAUAUUGUUCUUCUUUCCAUUUGUACAGUCAUGCUUAUUAUACUCAGUGGCGGACACUUGUGUGGCGCGAAGUAUCGGCGGUCUCAUGUUACAUGUAUUAAAAUACUCAUUAAUAAUUCAUAAACCUUGUGGCAAAUCAUGUCAGCCAUCAUAUGUCACGUGGAGUGACUUUAUAUCUGAUAAAGCAUGAGGCAUUAUAUACUUGUUCAUCCUAAUUAGUAUGAUUAUAUAAUGGUACAUCCUAAUUACUCUUUUGUAGUCAUAUUUUAAGCUAUUCAAAACACUCGUUGUCGUGUUUUAUCAGACAUAAAACGUUUUAUAUCUGAUAAAACACUCCUACUCGUGUUUUAAAUAGUACAUAGUUGGCUCGAUGCUUGUGAUUUGCUUACUGACUGAAUUGAUUACUUAGCUUUUAUGGUUAAAACGUAAAAAGAACUCUGUAGUAGCUGUAUCUAUACCAGAGACUUUAGGAUGGUAUUGGGAGAGCGUUCGCCUCCCGUCGUUUAUUACUCAUACUUCAUACGGAACGUCACAACUGUGGUAAAAUCAGUCUGUGUAUUGAGCAAUUUUGAUUCAGUCUAACGUCUUAAUCAUUUAACUUUAACCCUCGUUUAUUUCUCAUUUAGCCACAAGCUACUGUAUGUAACUUUAGCUUUGUACAGUAUACUGAUCUUUAGGCUGUCCCGUAGGGUGUUAUAACGUCUCACCUGCAUGUGACGUUAUUUAAUUAGAUGUAAUAAUCAUGAAACAAGAUUAAGGAUGACAUGAUGUCUUUUUCACAAAUAAAUACAAAAUUUAGGAGGGAAGGUCUUUAACGUUGCCAUUAUUCACAUUGUCGUUAUUUCCUUUCAAGGACAACCUUCCAGAUAGGCAAUUCACAUUCUGGAUCUGGUUUUACUCUAUUCUGGAUCUUGUUAAGAAAAACUUCCAGCACGAGUGGCAUGAAAAGUUUGUACACAUUUCUCUUAUAAAUAUACUAGUGUAUAGAUAUUGCAAUACGAGAUUAAUAUCUUAAACUAAAAUUAGAUAAACAUGAUAACAAUUAGAAAUAAGUACAAAAUUAAUAUAUAAAAUCGCAAACUGCAAGAAAAUAGCAUAGUUGAGCAAGAAAUGCAGUAUUGUUGCGUUAAAAAUCUGAUUGGUAUAGCAACUACGUGUAGCUCCUGGCCCUUACUGUGUGUAUGUUCUGUUACCUUCUUGGCUACUACUGUUGUGCCGGACUCAAUACCCGAAUUAAAUCGAGCUUGUCAUUGUGUACAAUCAGGUCAACUGGCAUGCAGAGGUUUGCAAACGUCGUGCCGAUUUUAGGAAAUUUCUUGAGUUUUAUUAACGGGUUUAAUACUCCCUGAUAGCGCUCUGCCCUAAACUUUAAAUGCAUUUUCCACGUAAGUUUGCCAACAGUUGUGGCAGACGAACGCAGGACAAUACCGUAAUAUAUGUCAAUAUUCCUAAUGUACUAAAAAGCUUCUACAGUACUUUAUAAAGGCAUACGGGAGGACAGUAAAUUGCAUGAGAACAUACAAUAUAUCUGACAUUGUUCCUUACAGUACAGUACAGUACAGUACCUACACAUUUACCACCUACUAUCCGUAACGCGGAUAAAUAUACAUGUACCAAACAUUUUCUUUAUUUUUGUUUGCAGCCUUGUUUUAGGAUUUAUUGGAAAAGACGAAGCGAGAGAGAUGUUACUUCAAAAGCCUGUUGGGACGUUCUUGCUCAGGUUCAGCGAUGGCAUACUGGGUGGAAUUUCAGUUGCAUAUGUUCUUGUAAACGACCAAGGUAAGCAAUUCCCGCGCGCAUAGUUUUGUCACAGACCUUCUGGUUCGAAAACCGAAUGUGGUAUUGAAAACGAGUUGCUAUCCGAGUUUUCUAAGAAACAAUGAAGUGUUUUUUACAGCACAGUAUGUCCUUUUAAUUUAUUAAUCCAUUUGAGAAUAUAGAAUUGUGAACUAUAUCUAGAAUUAUAGCAGUUUGCCUGUUUCCAAACUCUAAUAUUAUACAUACUGUACGUGAGGGCUCUGGGUAUGAGGUUUUAAUUUCUCGUUUUUGACUACAUUUUGAGAUUAGGCGUAGAUGAGUUAAGAUCGUUGUCAACAUUGAAAAUUAGUUGUGAAGUUAGUGGUGAAUGUUGAAAAUGAAAAUUUUGUUCGUUUGAUUAUUAUCAAGUAGGAAAACAACAUGUUUUUGAUAGCUUGACCAAGUGAAGAACGCAGUUUUGUCACGCGAAUUGCAUGAUUUUGCAGGAUGGUAAAAUUGUUUUUUCUUGGAAGGUAAUUUGGAUGUGUGGAACAUUGAACCGUGGAGCUAUAAAGAUCUUGGACGACGAAAUCUUUCAGACAGG